AACCUUAAAAUGUUUGUGUAAGUAAAUUAUAGUGUCAUAAUUUAAAAUAUUAAAAUGAAUUGUAUAAUUCCCGGUCCAAAUUUAAAAGUAUUUUCAAAAGCACUUCACGCACUAGCAAAAAUUGGGGAUGACUUGUAUGUUGAAGCAACUAAGGAACGAUUAUGUCUCGUUACUUUAAAUCUAAGAAAAACUGUGUGUGUUCGACUCCAUCUACUAGAAAUAUUCUUUUCGAAUUAUGAAAUUGAGGAUAACCAAUUAGGUGACAAAACACAAACAGUGUCAUGUAAAAUUCAUAUGAAAACGUUGUUACCUUUGUUUAAAGGGCACAACUUAGAUAAAAAGUUAGACUAUGUAAAAAUUGAAUAUGAACACAACAAUGAUUUUAUAAUAUUCAAAAUGAAAUAUAAAUGUGACGACAUUUUGAUGACACACAAUCUUCGUUUGAUGGAAUCAGAAACUUUAACCAUAGACAUUUCAUCUGAGUCAGGUUGCAAUACUAUCCUAACAACCAGUACAUUUUACAAUCAACUUCUAAAUAUGUUCAGUAAUAGUGAUGAUGAAAUCUUGUUUGAAGUUACCAAAAGCCAAGCAAUUAUUAGGAAUUAUUAUGUAGGCGCUCCUGUUCGACCAAAGUCUGUAAGAAGUCAAGUGAGCCCAAAUGGAUCAGAAUUUAUGAUAUUUCAAAUAGACCAAGAAACAACAAUCAACUUUUCAUUGAAACCAUUUCGAACUGCUAUACAGUUUGCGGAGGGAUUCAAUUUGAAUAUUAGUCUUAACUUUGAAGCAGGAGGAAAGCCUCUUUCUGUGGUGAUGAAAAACCCCACCUUUGAAAUGAACUUUCUAAUAGCAACAUUAAAUCCUUACAAUGAUAAUCAAAGUACAAUCGCGACGUCUAUACCGGCAAAAAUAACACAAGCAAAUAGUGAUGGUGUCCAUGAUAUAACCACAGAUGAUCAAGAAGCACUACUCAAUGAAAAUUGGGACGAUUUCAGCAUAGAUACCAAUAAAACAUCAACAAAAUCAACAGAUAAGAAGAGGAAUAAGAAGAUAUUUAGUUUUCGUGAAAUAUCAGAAAAGGAUAAGACAAGAAGCAGCAUUAAUAGUGAUGAAAACUUUGAUAACAAUCAUAACUCACCCAUGGAAAUGGAUCAAGAUGUUGUACAGAGAUCUCCCGAAUCACCUACGAGAAAAAGAGCCAAGCUAGUAUUUGGAAAAUGUUUUGAAUCAACAUUUUCAAGAGAUAAUCUCGGUAGUGUCUUAGCACCAAACUCAGACUCAGAAUAGAGAGUGCAGCUACUCAAAAAAACUGUUAUUUCUUCAUCAGUUUAUUUGUUAUAACAUAUUAGUGAGAUGUCACUCUCUUUGUAGAGGUUAGGUUAAUAAUUUAUUUAAUAAAUCUUCCAAAUAAUUCAGGACUGAACAUUAUAGUGUAAUGUAGGUACAACAUUGAAUAUUCUAUAAGUGGGUAAUUACAGCUUCUUGUUGAUCUUAAGCUAUUCAGUUUCCAAUAGUCUUACCAGAUUUUUAUAUUAAAAUUUUAGCAACACUGCAGUUUCUAGAAUAUUUUAAUCCUUUUAAUAAUCUUCUAGUAGGCUUCUCCAUUGCAUGUGUUAACUAUUAGUUCCAACUAAUUACUGUUGUGAUACCCAUUCUCAUUUUCAAUGAUCUUCUCCAAAAUUAAAAAAAAUCUAUUUGUUUUAUUUUUAGUCAAGUGGGGACACUUGAAUGUUGAAUGACAAGACAGAAUACUUGUAGUUAAUGAAUAUUAUUAUUAAUUAUUAAGUGUAAAAUUAUUAAAUGUA